UUGGCAUAAAAAAAAGGAAAGAAAUAUCGUCUUCUGGGAUUGCACCAACCUUAUCAGCUUAUCCACAAAGGUGAAGAAGAAGAGUUCGGAACCUAUUUUGGCUCUUUUUCGCAGUUUCAACUCCAAAUGCAGCCCCCUCACUGGCAGUGGCGCUACUCUCGUAACUGCCAUCUUCUUCUGAGACCAACUGAUAACGACCCACGUAACCCGCCAUGGACGGACUCCCUCCAUUUCACCAGACCAACACACUCUUCCUUAGAAAACCUCAGACCCAGAACCCCAAGCUCAGAUGCCAUUCUCUCUCGUGCCCUGCUCUUGGUGACACUGCCCCUUGUACGGCAACUCCAGCCUACGCUUUGCAGCUUUCCCCUUCGAGUGUCCCCGCGGUGGUGGGUGGCUUUAGUGGGGUCAACUCUUUGGCGUCUGUGAAGAUGAUCCAUGCCCAGAUGAUAAAAAUGCCUGGCAAGUGGAGUUUUGAUGACCACUUGGUGAAGAUCCUGAUCAGGCAUUACGUGAACUUUGGAGAUCAUAGAUCAGCCGCGUUAGCUCUCUUGCUGGGCCUAGCCAGAAGCAACGUUGGAUGGAACUCUUUCUCGGAGGAAUUGAAGGACUUCAGGGAACUGCCUGUCCAGAUUCUUGAGGUAUUCGACGACUUGCGUUGUAAAGGAAUGGUCUUUGAUGCUAGGAUCUUCACUGUUGCAUUGAGAGUUUGCACUUGUGUAUUGGACUUGUGGUUGGGUGUAGUGAUUCAUGCUUUUGUGAUCAAGACGUCCCUUGAUUCCGAUGCUCAUCUCCAGCGUGCCCUGAUGAACUUCUAUGAGAGAUGUUGGGGCAUAGAGCGUGCCAAUCAAGUGUUUAACGAAAUGCCGAAGCGAGAAGAUGUUGUAUGGAAUGAAGCAGUUAAGUUGAACAUGAAGCAGGGGCAGUGGAUAAGAGCUUUAGAGCUAUUUCGAGAUAUGCAGUAUUCUUGCAUGAAGGUGAAAUGCACAACGACUGUCAGAGUGCUGCAAGCUUGCGGCAAAUUGAAAGCCCUCGCACAAGGAAAGCAAAUUCAUGCCCAUGUUUUGAGGUUUGGAAUGGAAUCAAGCGUGCCAAUUUGCAACGUUCUCAUCAGUAUGUACGCCAAAAAUGGAGAGCUUGAACGUGCUGGAGCAGUUUUUAAUUCGAUGGAAGAUCAUAACUUAACUUCAUGGAAUUCCAUUAUCUAUGCUUUUGCCUCAUUUGGCUUUCUAAAUGAUGCAUGGAGUCACUUCCAUAAGCUGGAAUCUUCCACAAUUGAGCCGGACAUUAUAACCUGGAACUGCCUUUUGUCAGGGCAUACUCUUAAUGGCUCCUACGAGGACGUCCUGACCAUCUUGCGCACGAUGCAAACUUCUGGAAUUCAACCGAAUUCGAGCUCCAUAACCUGUGGUCUCCAGUCAGUCAUCGAACUGGGAUUAUUACCUCAUGGGAAGGAAAUACACGGUUAUGUGAUGAGGCAUGAUCUUCAUUAUGAUGUAUAUGUGGGAACUUCAAUAGUGGACAUGUACGUGAAAAGUGACUGCCUGGACAUUGCUCGAGCAGUUUUCAAUAACUUAAAGAGCAAAAACAUAUUUGCGUGGAAUUCAUUGAUAUCUGGGUAUUCAUUUAAGGGUCAUCUUCAAGAUGCUGAAAACUUAGUUGGUCAAAUGGAAGAGGCAGGAAUUAAAGCCGAUAUAGUGACAUGGAAUAGUAUGGUCUCUGGCUAUUCAAUGUGGGGCCACACUGAGAAGGCUUUGGACAUGAUUCAUCAGAUCAAGCUCUCUGGAUUGACUCCUAAUGUGAUAUCCUGGACUGCCCUCAUAUCAGGGUGUUCACAGAAUGGAAAAUAUAGGGAAUCCCUUGAAUUUUUCAUCCGAAUGCAAGAAGAAGGUAUUGAGCCUAAUGCUGCCACCAUAUCCACCAUACUUCGAAUCUGUGGAGGCCUCUCUCUACUGCAAAAGGGAAAAGAGAUACACUGCCUCAGUGUAAAAAUUGGUGUGACUCGAGAUGUUUAUGUAGCAACAGCAAUCAUUGACAUGUACAAUAAGUCAGGCAACUGGAGAAGUGCCCACAAAGUUUUCAAGAGGAUUCAUAAAAAUUCAUUGGCAUCCUACAAUUGCAUGAUCAUGGGGUUUGCCAUAUACGGCCUUGGAAAAGAGGCUAUUUCUCUCUUUCAUGCGAUGUGCAGCAAUGGUAUAACCCCAGAUGCUAUAACCUUCACAGCGAUCCUCUCUGCUUGUAACAACUCGGGCUUAGUUGAUGAAGGUUGGGAAUUUUUUGAUAAAAUGAGCGGAGAUUAUAAUUUAACCCCAAAAGUGGAGCACUACUCUUGCAUGGUAGAUCUUCUUGGGAGAGCUGGCUACCUUGACGAGACUUGGGAUUUCAUUCAAUCGAUGCCCCUAAAGCCAGAUGCUACCAUUUGGGGUGCUCUUCUUUGCUCCAGUCGAAUUCAUGAGAAUAUUGAGUAUGCAGAGAUUGCAGCAGAGAAUCUUUUUGAACUGGAGCCCGAUAAAUCUGCUAACUAUGUCUUAAUGAUGAACCUGUAUGCCAUGUCAAACCGAUGGAAGGAUGUUGCUCAUGUCAAAGAGUUGAUGAAUAGCGCAGGGGUGAAACAUACACAAGCUUGGAGCUGGAUACAAAUUGAUCGCACUGUACAUCAUUUUUCUGCAGAGCAGAGUACUCAUCCUGAUUGUGGAGAGAUUUAUUUUGAGUUGUAUCAGUUGAUUUCCCAAAUUAAGAAACUGGGGUAUGUGCCUGAUGUCAGUUGUGUAUAUCAGAAUAUUGACGAUGUUGAGAAAGAAAAGGUGCUGCUAAGUCACACAGAAAAGCUGGCAAUCACUUACGGACUGAUGAAAAGAAAAGGCAGUGCUCCUAUCAGGGUGAUUAAGAGCUCUAGGAUCUGUUCUGAUUGUCACACUGUGGCAAAGUAUAUCUCCAUGUUGCAAAACUGUGAGAUCGUUAUCAAGGACGGUGUCCGCUUUCAUCAUUUGAGCAAAGGAAACUGCUCCUGUAAGGAUUGCUGGUAACAGAGAGUUUCACUCGCUUUGAUGAACUCUCUUGAAGCCUUGCUGACAUGAUCGCGUGUCAAACUCACAUCAUUAUUGGCUAUUAGCUACAGAAUUAGAUUGAAAAAUGGGGAGAGAGGAGUAGCUAAGCUGCAGUUGGUGAUCAAUAUGUGAGAACUCAAGCAAUUUCCCCCGUCUUCAUUGGGCUAAUUCCAACUCCGAGCAUACUACAGGGUCGUUACAAACGAAAAGGCUUGCAUAUAGAACUUCUGAGACUUUGAAGUACGAAGAAUGGACUUCAUAUUGCCACUUCAUUUGUACAGGGUCAUCAGUCAAGCUUUGAAUAGAUGGUCUAGUUCGUCAUCAAGGAAGAAGGUUAAAUGGGAAAGAUGUGUUGAAUGGUA